AUGUUUGCUUUUUUCUCUUCUUCUCUCCCCAAAGAACGAGAGACGACUCAAAACCAGACCACAGCCCUAGUACAGACGGGAAAGGUGCGCAUUGUGAGAGAUAGACAUGCUCUCUUGUUUGUCUGGCAAGCUGUUCCAUUUGACCGGUCGAAUAGAUGGCUAGAUGACCGGAUAGGUGUUGUCAUUCCCCUGGUCACCGUACCACCAGCCGCCAACUAA